AUGGCAUAUGAUCACUAUGUAGCCAUCUGCCUUCAUCUGCAUGACAGAGAAAUCAUGAACAGAAGUGCAUGUGUCCAGAUGGCAGCUGGUUGCUGGGUCAGCAGCACAAUCUAUUCCUUGUUUCUUACUUUUGGUACCUUCAGUCUGCAUUUCUGUGAGUCCAGUGUGAUCGGUCAGUUCUUCUGUGACAUCCCACAGCUUCUAAAGGUCUUCUGUACUGAUACACAUGGUCAAGAAAUUUCACUUCUGGUCUGUUGCUCAGUCUUUAGCUCCAUGUUCAUUAUUUCCUUAUUUGUGUCCUACAUUUGCAUUUUCUCCACUGUGCUGAGAAUCCCCUCUGCACACGGCAGAUACAAAGCCCUCUCCACCUGCCUGCCCCACCUGAGUGUGUUUUCUUUAUUUAUGAGCACCACCAUGUUCACCUACAUGAGGCUGAAAUCAAUGUCCUCACUGUAUCUGGACCUGCUGGUGGCCGUGUUCUAUUCGAUGAUGACACCACUAUUGAAUCCCACGAUUUACAGCACCAGAAACAAGGCAAUAAAACAUGCUUUGGGGGAAAUGAUAGGAAGGAUAUUUGCCAUGAAGAAAAAUUAA